AUGCAGAAGGCAUCGCGGCCGGGCGACGCGGGCAUGUCGAGCAUGGAGCGAGUGAACGCGGAGCUGUUCACGCUGACGUACGGCGCCAUGGUGCGGCAGCUGCUGACGGACCUCGAGGAUAUCGACGAGGUCAACAAACAGCUCGACGCCAUGGGCUACAACAUCGGUGUGCGGCUGAUAGACGAGUUCCUGUCCAAGGCCAACGUCACUCGCUGCUCCGACUUCAAGGAGACCGCUGACAUCAUUGCCAAGCUGGGCUUUAAGAUGUUUCUGGGCGUGACAGCAACGGUAACGAACUGGAAUGCGGAGGGUAACGAGUGCAGUCUGGUGUUGGACGACAACCCUCUGGUCGACUUUGUGGAGCUGCCUGAGUCCUGCUCCUCGCUCGUCUACUGCAACCUGCUGUGUGGGGUCAUCAGGGGUGCGCUGGAGCAGGUGUCGCUGCGGGUGGAGGUGAAGUUUGUGCGUGAUAUGCUGCGGGGAGACGACGCGUUUGAGAUGCGCGUCAAGCUCAUCGAGCAGAUGGCUGAGGUGUACCCUUUCAAGGACGCUGACUAG